AAUUUCCUUCCUUCUGUGCCACUCCCUCCUUCCCCUUCUUAUCCCCCACUCUCAACCCACAACCCUUCGCAUUCGCAGCACAACACAUUCUCUUCCUCACCCACUCUCUUCCCCCAGAUCCUAUCACACACACACUCUCUCUCUUUUUCUCCCAAGGUUCAACAUGCCGAAGGCAAGGACUAACGUCAAAGCUGCUGACAACAGGUUGAGCCGCAAGGACAGUGGAAUCGGAACGAAGAAGGCGAAGAAGAAAGCUGCUCCGAAGGAUCCGAACAAGCCUAAGAGGCCUCCUUCUGCUUUCUUCGUUUUCAUGUCUGACUUCAGAGAGGAGUAUAAGAAGGAGAAUCCGAACAACAAAUCCGUUGCUCUUGUUGGAAAAGCUGGUGGCGCAAAGUGGAAAUCCAUGUCCGAUGCUGAAAAAGCUCCAUACCAAGCAAAAGCUGAGAAGAACAAACUAGCGUAUGAUGAGGAUAUCAGGGCCUACAACAAAGGACUGAAUGAGGGUGGAGAUUCUGACAAGUCGAAAUCUGAGGUGAAUGACGAUGAUGAUGAGGAGGAGGAUGAGUGAAGUAGCUGGAGUGAUGAAGGAAGAGGCCUUGGAGUGGUUGGAAAUAAUUUCAUUAAUCAUCGAUUAAUAGUUUAUAGCUUAGAAUAUGGCUUUCGUUCAGUGUUGUUGCGCUCAGGCCUCGGCUGUUUCUGAUGAAUAGUAGUUUCUUAUUUUUAAAUUUGUUAUUAUGGUUUAAGUUGGUUAUCAUCAUCAUGUACUUAUCAUUCUGCCAUUCAUAUUAUCAAAUACAGAAGCAGUUUCCCGUCGUUUAUUUUCA